CCCUCCCCCUCCUCUUCCCCCCACUCCCCACCCCACCACACCACACACGCACCCCUCUCACCGACGAGAGGGAGAGAGCGAAGGGGGGGAGGCUAGGGUUGGGCGGGCGGAGGAUGGCGCGGAGGGGGAGGGUGCAGCUGCGGCGGAUCGAGGACAAGGCGAGCCGGCAGGUGCGGUUCUCGAAGCGGAGGGCGGGGCUGUUCAAGAAGGCGUUCGAGCUCGCGCUGCUCUGCGACGCGGAGGUCGCGCUGCUCGUCUUCUCCCCCGCCGGGAAGCUCUACGAGUACUCCUCCUCCAGCAUUGAAGGUACAUACGACCGCUAUCAGCAAUUCGCUGGGUCCAGGAGGGAUCUGAAUGAAGGUGCAAGCACCAAUAAUGAUGAAAAUGCAGGUAUUCAGUCCAGGCUUAGGGAGAUAACUUCCUGGUCUGUUCAAAACAAUGCUGACGAGUCGGAUGCUAAUCAGCUAGAGAAACUGGAGAAACUCCUGACAAAUGCUUUAAGGGAUACGAAAUCCAAGAAGAUGUUGGCAAAACAAAAUGGUGAAGGGAGCAGAAGCGGCACAAACUCCAGCGGUUCUAGGGGGCAGGAGGAAGGAAGUGCAUGAGCAGGAAGCACAGUUAUCCUGUGUAUAAGUCUGGCAGUGGUUGCACCUCUCAAAUUAAAUAGGAUAAAAAAAAAAGGGAAAAUGGUGCAUGCUUUUUGCUGCCAGAGUACCAGCUUCUCCCACUGACUGAUCCUGGGUAAGAGGAAAGAGUUGCCAAUGUCCUCUGCUUGUUAGAUCAAAAGGGAGGAGAUCCAAUAAAAGGUUGGGAAGUAUUCAGGUUCUUGUAACGAAGACCUCGCUUAUGCUGUUUUUAACUAUGUUUAUUGCGCAUCUAUGCGUUUUGACUGGUUGUGCUGCUUGAUCUGACCAUGUUACUGAGAGUCUGAUACUGCACUGACUCGCGAACUGUCUGUUUCAACAAAUUGGUAUGAAUCUGUUUGCUUGUCG